UCGUGUACUUUGGUUUAUUCUAGAAAUGGGAAAAACGAGAAAACACAAGGAAUUCUUCCAAGGCGACUCGCCUCACGGCUUGGUGAAAAGAGUCAUGUACAAGAAAUACCUGCAAGCUUACAUUCCAAUGACGCAGAGUGACCGUUUUACUCUCAGAACUGUUAUAAUCGAUGGUUUCGCUGGAGCUGGAAGGUAUUCAAAUGAAUGGCCUAAUGAGUUAGAAAAAUACGGCUCGCCUUUGAUUGCAAUGAUGGUAGUUCUGGAACAUGUUGUGAAGAAAAAAGAGGAAUCACCAGAGCAAAAUAUCGACCCAGUGCCUGUUUUUGGUUGGGAAUCUUCCUUACUUACACCAAUGGAAGAACUAAAAAGCAUGGACAAAGAUCAAAGGGAAACAUGCGUUAACACACAACUGGCAAAAGUCAAACUGAUUUUUAUUGAACAGGAUAAAGAAAAUUAUACAACUUUGUUGUGUCAUAUUGAACUGCUAAUUCUUAAGUUCCUUCAGAGACACUUUCCACAAAUUAAAUAUAAUGUCAUGGAAAGGGAAGGCGUCACAAUGUUUUCAAUUACAACACAGCCUUUCUCUGUCUCCAUAGAGGUACAAAAUUGUUCGUUUGGUGAUUACCAGCCAUCUAGGAGUGAGUUAUUGGACAAAUCUGUACGUAGUCUGACUUUUGUAGAUCCGUUCGGUUACACACACACUCCGAUGGAUCACGUGAAAAAGUUUGCACCCGGUGAAGGCAAUGAAAUUAUGAUCAACUUCAUGAGCAGAGACGUAAACAGAUUUGCAAAAAAACAACCGGAGAAAAUAAGUCAACUUUACGGAUUGCCUAAGUUUGACGAAGUUGCUGAUGACUACUGUAUAGGUCGUCCAAACACUGGCGAACUAGGAGAAUUCAUUAACUACGUUAGAAAUAACAUUUGUCCUGGGGCUCAAGAACAUAGAUCUUCAAUUCAGAAAUGUGUCGACACAUAUGAACUUUUUCUGAAAAAGAAAACUGGGAGCUCCUACUCUCUUGUUUUCGAAGUGCGCGGUGAGGGGAAUUGCAUCAUAUAUCAUAUUGUGUAUAUAACCAAUCACAUCAGGGGAGUAGAAGUGAUGAAGUCCGCAAUGACCAAAUGCAGCACGCAUGAAGAGAAGAUGUUGAUGUCUGAUUAUGACGUUAUUCGGAAGGGUAAUAAAUUGACUUUCCAGAAAACGCAAAAUGAUCAAGCCGUCGCAGAGAAAAUUUUUGAACGAUUUAAGGGGAUGAAAGAUGUAGUUGUGCAAUAUCACGGUAACCAUAAAUACGAAGAAAGUCCAUCCGUUAAGACAUUUGUUUUACUUGAGACAGUUUAUUGCAAGUGGAAAACACCACUUGCAAUUUUGCAAAAAGCAGGAAAAAUUAUUGAUGUCUUAGAAAACGGAAAACCGCAAAAAUCGAAAAAUAAAUUUCCGCACGAGGACAGUGUCACAAAAAAACCGAUAGUCACAAGAAUAACGUUUGCCCUAGAGGCAUGUGAAAUAAACAAUCCAACUAAAGACAAACGCCCUGACACCGAUAACAAAGAUGAAAAGGGGCGAAAAAGACGCAAAAGAGGUCAAAACACGAGCGAAAAAGCGAACACGAAAACAGAGAGUGAAAGCAAAAGGCGAAAGAAAGAAAGCUUUUACGUGGAUGGCGAAAUUAAUGUACUACGAAUGUCGGAAAUAUAAUUUGUGGCGUGGUAAAACAUAUUGAGGUUGUAUUAUGAGAAAAUUAAACUUUAAAAUGAAAGCUUUCAUCAGUUUUUUUAUGGUUGGAAUAGUGUAAGUCGCAUCGAACUCUAGCUUGUUCUUAACACAAUAUGUUUAAACGAAAUCCACGAAUUGGACAUUCAAACACAGUCAGCUCUGGAACAAUUGUUAUGUUAGCCGUUACCACCAACAGGAUCGUCUGCUUUUGUGAAAGAUUAUACAUUGUACUAGUAAUUGUGCAUUCAAUGAAAUCCUUAUUUAUGUUAAUUUAUUUUAAUAAACGCAAUUUAAAAUGA